AUGCAGUUGCGGGCACCCAAAUGCAAUAAGAAUAAGAUUACCCCAUCACACACUUCACAAACGUCUUACCCUACCAUUCUUGCUCCCUCCACCUAGCUUCAACCCCCCGACGUGAGAUCAGGCUGCGAGCAGCAGCCAUGGCGGAGCUUGGUGGCAUGCUUGCCGCUGCCAUCCUCAAGGUGGUGGGUGAGCAGAUUGGUUCUGUGAUUGGUGGUCAGAUCGCCCUGAAGAUGAACUUCGAUGAGGACCUGAACAAGAUGAAGAUGGAGCUGGAGGGUGUCGAUGCCCUGCUUGAGGACGCCGAGAGGCGGUCGAUCACGGAUAGAUCGACACGUCUAUGGCUGAAGCGGCUCAAGGACUUCAUGUAUGAGAUCUCCGAUAUGAUUGAUGAAUUCGAAGCCGACACGCAAGCAAUCAUACAGCCGUCUGCGCGAAAGUCCUCCUUCAAAAAUUAUUUGGCAACUAUGAUCUCUUGUCUCACAAUUGGCCCUGAGAUUACAAUGGCCAAUAAGAUGGAUAAGAUGAGGCAUGGUCUAGAAGUAAUAACAGAUCAGCACAGGAAAUUCGAAUUAAUGGAAGGUUACGACGAGGAUGAUGUGGCCACAACCGUAGACUCGGUAUUGCCGGUGGAGGAUCCGGCGCGGAUCGGGCUACAUCCGGAGGAGAGGAAGGAGAUGGUGCGCCAUGUCGUUCACCGGAGAACGGCGGCGACGGCAGUCCGGCCCUGGAAGGGCCCUAUACCUAAGGUUAUUUUCCGAGCUACGGCACUGAUCCGUUCGUGGUCGCUACUCACUCCGAUGGAGGCCAGGGAGCAUUUGGUUACUGGAUCUAUCUGCUGGGAGAUGGUAGCUCGGGAUAUCUUCAACCGGUUUGGAUGCCAGCCGGUUGUGGCAUCUUUUUCGGGCUAG